AUGUUAAAAGACGAGAGAUUGGUGCAACAUCAGCCAACACAGUAUCCAACAUCAGAGGAAUUGAGUAUAGGCAAAAUCAAGUUCAAGGCUUUUGAUUUGGGUGGCCAUCAGAUUGCCCGCCGAGUUUGGAAAGAUUAUUAUACCAAGGUGGAUGCUGUUGUUUACCUGGUAGAUGCUUAUGACAAAGAGAGAUUCGCAGAGUCCAAGAAAGAAUUGGAUGCUCUCCUCUCUGAUGAAACAUUAGCCAAUGUCCCCUUCCUUAUUUUGGGCAACAAGAUUGAUAUCCCAUAUGCUGCCUCAGAAGACGAGUUGCGUUACCACCUUGGUCUUACCAACUUCACCACUGGCAAGGGUAAGGUGAACUUGGAAGACUCAAAUGUCCGUCCCCUUGAGGUGUUCAUGUGCAGCAUUGUCCGCAAAAUGGGCUAUGGAGAGGGUUUCAGGUGGCUCUCUCAGUAUAUCAAGUAG